UCUCUUAAGAGUGCGUGUUCGGUGUUACUCUGCCAGCCAACGCGCUGCACACUUGCCACGAUCGUUGUUCGAUGUUUCAGUGACUCGCCGCAAUAUUAAUCCAUUAGUUCUCUCGCAUGAACUCUCGUCCUCAUCACCCUCGCUGGAACCGUAUGAUCGUUACCAAGAAAUCCUCAAUUCCAUCCAUAUCUCUGGUCUUCGGAGAAGCACAACAGGUUUCGUCGUCCCAAACCGCAGCCGAGAAGCUACCUCAGAUCCUGCGCAAAGCUAAUCCCAGUUCUACAUUAAGCUCAAUGUCAAAGGCUCAGUCAGAGCAAUCUUUAGAAGACGUGCCAGCUCCUGCUCCUUUUGACCAGCCUAUUACCAAUACCCACGAAAUAGGGCAAUUUGAAGUACCGACCACUCAUGAUGAAUGCAUAUCACCGUCUGCAGUAGAAGGUUCACAUUCUAUUCCUACGCUUGAACCGCCCAACGAGAGCGACAUGACGACCGUGCAGCCAGGUGCAGCUGUAACCUCCAUAGAUCUAACAGCACCUGCUCCGUCUGAUUCUAUCCCUCUCCGCGAUACUUCCGUCACAACUUCGUCUCAUAAGUCUUGGUUUGUCUCGUGGACUCGAGCAAAAGGGGAACAGUCACCUGAAUCUGGCGUUGAGACAACUCAACCCCCGAGCUCGGUGCAAGCAUCCGCGAAGGGAUCAACGAUAUCAUCGGAACCUCUACAUUCAGACAUCCUUACCAUUUCUUCAGUCCCACAUCAACUACCUAUUCUCAAAACAACUGGAGAUAUUGGGCAAAGCACUCCGUCCUCAUCCUUUCCACAGGAUAUACCUACAAAAUCACGUUCAGACGAUCAAGAAGUUGCUUCUCGUUCGGCAUUAUAUCAAGUUUCUUUGUCGCCAGCAGGCCACCACUCUCGACCCAGCACCGCCUCCGUACUUUCGCCGCUGGAUGAGAAUGUGCCUAAACUUUCUCCCGUUAAGCUGUCUCCAGCAGCUCCGUCCGCCGCCCUGCAGGGCAGUGAUACAUCACAGUCUACUUUGACACUCGACCACUCUACCAGCCGGUUUACACUGGGCAUCCCUUUAUUCGGACGACCAAAGCUCCCUCUCGAACAGACGGUUGCUGCAGCUCAGCGUGAUGAUACUAGAACUAUGGCUCUACCAACAGAAUCAUAUCCGUCUCGCAGGCCACAGUUCAUUACGCAAGGUUUGCUAAGGCCCUCCACGUGCAACUAGCGUGAUGACUAAACACAUUUUUUGUUAGAAUCCGUACCGUUUGCUAUAGAGAACCCUUCCUCUCCGGUUGCAGAGACAACCG